AGAACAGAUCCUGGCUCCACCAGGGUAAAGCAGAGUUUUAAAGUUUGCCUCUCGGUAUGAACAGUAACUUGUGCAGUACUGAAUCGAACAGCAGUCGCAUGCAACAUGUGGGCGCUUUAGUUUAACGAGGGGAAGCGAAGCCCAGCAUGUUUGUGCUGAAGAGUGUGAAAAACAACCAAGUUCUCCUAACCUGGACGCCAACAGCCCCCGUGGCUCUGGGCCAAUCACAGCCUGGCUGCUGAUGGUAAUAGUACUUAACAAAUCAGACAUCCGUAAUAGGCAACUUUUAACAAUCCCUUCACGGAUGUGAAGCAUUACUGCCUCCAGAGCCCGCCACACAGGAUCUGUGUUACUGAAACACACUGUGCCCCGACAUUGAUGGUCAGCAUCCAAUGUACCAUGUGCACGGGGUAACAUACUGCAUCAUCAAUAUAGCGCUGAUGUUUACCUGCUUUAUUCACACACCACUAGGCAUAAAUGGAAACAGUAUGUAGAUAUUUCAUGCCUCAGCCAUACACCUUUGAUCUCACAGUUCAGUGAAGAGGGCUGCCAGAGAUGGCCAGGACUAGGACACUGGACAUGGACAGCGCACAAGUUCAGCUCCAACACUGACUGCUGACGCCUUUAACGGGCUGAACCAAAACGCUCCAUGUGAGUGACACAGCUUUGAGGACAUGUGAAUGCAAGCUUUGUGGUUUGGGCUGCUAUCUCUAGCUGUAGUGCAGGCUGUGGCUUACUCAUCUCCUGCUCUGAGAACUGCGCGCGUUAGUGGUGCUCUGGGCGUUCGGAUCACGUUAGGAAGGGUCCUGAGUUUCGACAGCGCCGCUUCUUUGCCCUGUGAAAUUGGCAGUUUUACUCCACCCGAAAGAGAAGAGGUCUCAGGUUAUGUCAAGUGAUUCAUUUUUAUUUAAAACUGCAUGUAUAAAAAAAAUAGGAUUUCUGACUUCCCCUGUACAAGAUUAACUAUUAACAAAAGCAGCAGACUACACACUGAUUCCAUAUACAGGCUUGACAGUGUUGGAGUCCAGGGUACCUUCCCCGACAGCUCGGCAAAACCAGUGCUAUAUACACAUGCGCACGUGACGUCCCCCCCCAGCCCAGACAAAUACCGGUGGAAAUGCUUUUAAAACAACUGAACACACGCAUGGAAGAGGAACACCGGCAGCCGGAACUAUUUACAGACAGCUGGGAAGCGGUCGGCCACUCCACACAGUGCACAGGCUUGAGUUCGCUGCGCUUCAUCCCUAACACAAGCCCCGCCGACGUCUCUCCUAGCUUGCCUUUCUACUCUGCAACACUCCUUCAGUUUCCUUGGCCAGCGACGUUGCCUGUGGAGAAAACAUGACGAUCAUCUUGUGCCCGGGGGGGUUCUGUGGCAUGUCCCCCAAGGUUGGGGCCACUGUAGCUGCUGUCUACAUGAUCCUAGUGACCAACAUGUACCUGACCUUCGAGAUUGGCCACUUGGAACGAGCAAUGACGGACAUGGCACAAAUCAAGCCCUUCAACUUGACCGAAGUGGGGAAGAUGCUACUGUAUUGCUACUAUACAGCCAUCACGCUGGCCGUCAUGAGCUACCCGGUGUGCGUCUUCCUCAUCUACUCAGUCCACAAGCGGCUCUACAUGGGCAUGUUCGCCUAUGUCGCAUGGAUCAUCUUCUAUGAUCUGGCUAACUGCCUCAUCGUGGCCGUGGCUUACCAGGUCUCCAAAGAAGCCUGGUUUUCCCUCAGCCCCCUGGAGUGGUUUGGGCUGGCCACCAGGAUCCCCAUGGAUUGCUUCUGGCUCGCCUUCGUUGUCACGUAUGCCCUGACGAUUAUUGAAAGCAAAGGGCAAGGAAGGAUGUCGCUCAGGAUGAGGCGGAUCUCUAGGAACGUGUCAGAACCGCCCAGGUUUAGGUUGGGCUCCACUGCUAGGCAAGGCAUGUGAGGGGAGGUAUCGGAGCAGUACGUUGGGCCCCUUUUUCGUAUAUUUCCUACUGAUGGAGAUGAAAGACCAUUACCCAUGUAAUCUCCUUCCUCUGUUGUGUAAUUCAGUGUUUCUCUUGCUGUUGCUGCAUUUUCCAGGCUGUGAGUUCAAGUCCUGAAUAAAUACCCCAAAAGCCCAUGAUUUAUAUUUGUGUUUUAGGUUUUUUCCCUGGGUUUUAUUUUGCAUCAGGAAGCCACAGGGCAUGGGAGUCAGCAGAACUGGGUCUAUCCACAGCUCUGCUACCGAGUCACCAAAUGACCUUGAGCAAGUCAUGU